GCUCGGCAUCGUCAGCUCUGAUGGCGAGGUCCUGCCCGAAGACCGUGUGCUUGAUCGUUUGAACGUCAAAGACGGCGAUUCUUUCAGCGCGGUUGUUGGGAAAGACCAGCUCGCCUCUUCGGACAAAGCUUUCGCUCUGCUUGGCGCUGAUGGCUCGGUGAUCUCCUGGGGUCAUCCAGACUCAGGAGGAGACGCGAGGUCGCUCAAAGGUCGGCUUUGCGAUGUGGAGCUCAUUCAGGGCUCAUUCCGUGCCUUCGCCGCCGUCAAGGCUGACGGCUCCAUCGUCACCUGGGGCCAUCGUGGAUACGGCGGACAGAGUAUCUGUGAGGGAAGCCUCGGGCCCAGCGAGAGCGUGAAGCGCCUCUGCCCGACCCACAACGGGAUCCUCGCCGUGCGCGGGGAUGGAUCUGUGGCGGCUUGUGGAUGGUCCAACACGAGCGAAGACAUUUGCGUCAGACGCGUAUUGCAUCAGCUGACAGGUGUCCGCGAUGUGCAGCAUACCCGCGGUGCUUUUGCUGCGAUCGUCGGUGACGGCUCCGUCGUGACUGCGGGCCAGUACAUGUUUGGUGGCGACUGCAGCUCGGUGCGCGACCAGUUGAAGGACGUGCAGCAGAUUGCAGCCACCUACGGAGGCUUUGCCGCCCUCCUCGGCGAUGGAACUGUCGUGACCUGGGGACAUCCGCAGUGGGGCACGAACGACCUGGCGGUGCGGCAUCGGCUGAAAGAUGUGAAGCACAUCUGUGCUUCGGAUGGUGCCUUUGCCGCCAUCCUCGAGGACGGAUCCGUGGUCUGCUGGGGAGAGCCGGAGUUUGGUGCCGACUGCGAGGCGGUUCAGCCGCAGCUGCGGGAGGUGCAACGGCUUUUUGCGACGAGUUGCGCCUUCGCCGCCCUCCGCGCUGACGACACUGUGGUCACCUGGGGCGCUGCCACGCACGGCGGGGCCUCCCGCCGCCUUCGAACACAGCUGCGUGACGUACGGAGCAUUACGCCCAAUCUAUCGGCCUUUGCGGCACUACGUGGGGAUGGCACAGUCGUGACCUGGGGUGACUGCUACGCGGGUGGCAACAGCAGCCGAGUUCAGUCGAAGCUCCAGAACGUGCGGCA